AUGAACCAGAAAAACUGCACCAAGGUGACAGAGUUCAUUCUCCUUGGAUUAUCAGACAUCCCGGAGCUGAGAGUCUUCCUCUUUCUACUGUUCCUUCUAAUUUAUGGAGUCACGGUAUUGGGUAACCUGGGCAUGAUAGCAGUGAUUCAGGUCAGCUCUCAGCUUCACACCCCCAUGUACUUUUUCCUCAGCCACUUGUCCUUUGUGGAUUUCUGCUACUCCACCGCUGUUGUGCCUAAGAUGCUGGACAAUAUCGUAAACAAGGACAAAGCCAUUUCUUUUGUGGGGUGUACUGUACAGUUCUACUUGUUUUGCACAUGUGUGGUCACAGAGGUCACACUGUUGGCCGUAAUGGCCUAUGACCGGUUUUUGGCUAUCUGCAACCCACUGCUGUACGUGGUCAUCAUGUCCCAGAAGCUCCGUGUAGAGCUGGUGUCUGGCUGCUACCUGUGUGGAACAGUGUGUUCUCUGAUGCACUUGUGUUUAGCUGUUGAAAUUCCAUCCUAUCGAUCAAGUGUGAUUAACCACUACUUCUGUGAUCUACCCCUUCUCUUAACUCUUGCCUGCUCUGAUGUUUCUAUGAAUGAACUGCUACUGUUUAUUGUAGCCACUGUCAAUGAGAUCGGCACCAUUGUGAUAAUCCUCACCUCCUACUUGUUUAUUUUCAUCACCAUUCUGAGGAUGCACUCUGCAGAGGGACGGUACAAAGCCUUUUCUACCUGUGCCUCCCACCUCACAGCCAUCGUUGUCUUCCAUGGAACAAUCCUUUUCAUUUAUUGCCGGCCUAGUUCAGGCAAGAGUUUGGACAAAGAAAAGGUAGCCACAGUGUUCUACACUGUAGUGAUUCCCAUGCUGAACCCCCUGAUCUAUAGCCUGAGGAACAAAGAUGUGAAGGAAGCUAUCAGGAAAAUGGUGGCCCCCAAAAUAUUUUUUUUUUAAAUAAUGUUUAUUGUGCCUUAAGUGAAAGUUUACAAAUCAAGUCAGUCUGUCACAUAUAAACUUAUGUACACCUUACUACAUACUCCCAUUUACAUUCCCCCUAAUGAGUCAGCCCGCUCCCUCCUUCCAGUCUCUCCUUUCGUGACACUUUUGCCAGUUUCUAAACCUCUCUACCCUCCCAUCUCCCCUUCAGACAGCAGAUGCCAACAGAGUAUCAAGUGUCCACCUCAUACAAGUAGCUCACUCCUCAUCAGCAUCUCUC